AUGGCCAUGCUAGUGAAUGUGUCCCGUGCCGAAGCGUGUAGCUGUAACAGCCACUCGGACCGCUGUCACUUCGACUGGACCAUGUACCUGGCGAGCGGUGGCCUCAGCGGGGGCGUGUGUGACAACUGCCGGCACCACACGGAGGGGCUGCACUGCGAGCGCGGCACGCCCCUCUUCUACAGGGACCCCCUCAAGCCCAUCUCGGAUCCCUACGCGUGCCUCCCCCUUUGCGGAGCCCGAGUGUGCGCGCAGGAACCGGAGUUCAGCUACGGCUGUGCCGAGGGCAGCUGCUACCCAGCCACGGGCGACCUUCUCAUCGGCCGUGCGCAGAAGCUCUCGGUGACCUCGACGUGCGGGCUGAACAAGCCGGAGCCCUACUGCAUCGUCAGCCACCUCCAGGAGGAUAAAAAAUGCUUCAUAUGCAAUUCACAAGACCCUUAUCACGAGACACUUAAUCCUGAUAGUCAUCUCAUUGAAAAUGUGGUCACUACCUUCGCUCCAAACCGCCUUAAGAUAUGGUGGCAAUCGGAAAAUGGCAUGGAAAAUGUCACAAUCCAGCUGGAUCUGGAAGCCGAAUUCCAUUUCACUCAUCUCAUCAUGACUUUCAAGACUUUCCGGCCAGCCGCCAUGCUGAUCGAACGCUCGUCCGACUUUGGGAAGACGUGGGGUGUGUACAGAUACUUCGCCUACGACUGUGAGAGCUCAUUUCCGGGCAUUUCCACUGGCCCCAUGAAGAAAGUCGAUGACAUAAUUUGUGACUCCCGGUAUUCUGACAUUGAACCCUCAACGGAAGGAGAGGUGAUCUUCCGGGCUUUAGAUCCUGCUUUCAGAAUAGAAGACCCGUACAGCCCCCGGAUCCAGAAUCUGUUGAAGAUCACCAACUUGAGAAUCAAGUUCGUCAAACUUCAUACCCUGGGAGAUAACCUCUUGGACUCCAGAAUGGAGAUCAGGGAGAAGUACUACUACGCCGUGUAUGACAUGGUGGUUCGAGGCAAUUGCUUCUGCUACGGCCAUGCCAGUGAAUGUGCCCCUGUGGAUGGGCUCCGAGAAGAUGUGGAAGGCAUGGUCCACGGACACUGCAUGUGCAGACAUAACACCAUGGGCUUAAACUGUGAGCUCUGCAUGGAUUUCUACCACGAUUUACCAUGGAGACCCGCUGAAGGUCGGAAUAGCAACGCCUGCAAAAACUGUACCUGUGACCCAGCUGGUUCUCAGAACGGGGGGAUUUGUGACAGCUACACCGAUUUUUCUGUGGGCCUCAUUGCUGGUCAGUGCCGGUGUAAAUUAUACGUGGAAGGAGAGCACUGUGAAAUUUGCAAAGAAGGCUUCUAUGGCCUCAGUGCAGAAGAUCCAUACGGUUGUAAAUCUUGUGCGUGCAACCCCCUGGGGACAAUACCUGGAGGAAAUCCUUGUGAUUCGGAGACUGGCUCCUGCUACUGUAAGCGGCUGGUGACAGGACAGCAUUGCCAGCAGUGUCUGCCAGAGAACUGGGGGUUAAGCAAUGAUUUGGAUGGAUGUCGACCUUGUGACUGUGACCUUGGGGGCGCCUUAAACAACAACUGCUCUGCGGAGUCCGGCCAGUGCGCCUGUCGACCCCACAUGAUCGGCCGUCAGUGCAAUGAAAUGGAGUCUGGCUAUUACUUCUCCACCUUGGACCACUACAUCUACGAAGCAGAAGAAGCCAGCUUUGGGCCUGGGGUCAGCAUCGUGGAGCGGCAGUAUAUCCAGGACCGAACUCCUUCCUGGACUGGAGCGGGCUUCGUCCGAGUACCCGAAGGGGCCUACCUGGAGUUUUUCAUUGACAACAUACCUUAUUCCAUGGAGUACGACAUCCUAAUUCGCUAUGAGCCCCAGCUGCCCAACCACUGGGAAAAGGCUGUCAUCACAGUGCAGCGACCUGGAAAGAUCCCGGCCAGCAGCCGCUGUGGUAAUACCAUACCCGAUGACGACAACCAGGUGGUGUCCCUGUCACCGGGCUCAAGAUAUGUGGUCCUUCCCCACCCUGUGUGCUUCGAGAAGGGCGUGAAUUACACCGUGAGGCUGGAGCUGCCCCAGUACACCUCCUUGGACAGCGAGGUGGAGAGCCCCUACACGCUGAUCGACUCGCUUGUCCUCAUGCCGUACUGUAAGUCUCUGGACAUCUUCACCGUGGGCGGUGGCUCCGGAGACCAGCUGAUCACAAACAGCGUCUGGGAGACGUUCCAGCGGUACCGCUGCCUGGAGAACAGCAGGAGCGUUGUGAAAACGCCCAUGACGGAUGUGUGCCGGAACAUCAUCUUCAGCAUUUCUGCCCUCUUGCACCAGACGGGCCUCGCUUGUGAGUGCGACCCUCAGGGCUCUUUAAGUUCCGUGUGUGACCCCAACGGAGGCCAGUGCCAGUGUCGGCCCAAUGUGGUGGGAAGAACCUGCGACAGGUGUGCUCCUGGCACCUUUGGCUUCGGCCCCAGUGGAUGCAAAUCUUGCGAGUGUAACCUGCAGGGCUCCCUCAGUGCCUCCUGCGAUCCCGUCACCGGCCAGUGCCACUGCUUCCAGGGGGUGUACGGGCGCCAGUGUGACCGCUGCUUACCUGCCCACUGGGGCUUUCCGAGUUGCCAGGCCUGCCAGUGCAAUGGCCAUGCCGAUGACUGUGACUCAGUGACGGGGGAGUGUGUGAGCUGCCAGGACUACACCACGGGCCGUAACUGCGACAGGUGCUUGGCCGGUUACUAUGGCGACCCCAUCAUUGGGUCCGGAGAUCACUGCCGCCCUUGCCCUUGCCCAGAUGGUCCCGAGAGCGGACGCCAGUUUGCCAGUAGCUGUUACCAAGAUCCUGUUAGUUUGCAGCUUGCGUGCAUCUGCAGUCCUGGAUACGUGGGCGCCCGGUGCGAUGAGUGUGCCCCAGGAUUCUUUGGCAACCCCUCGGUUGUUGGUGGGACGUGCCAGCCUUGCCAGUGUAACCACAACAUCGACACCACGGACCCCGGCGCCUGUGACAAGGAGACCGGAAGGUGCCUCCGGUGCCUGUACUACACGGAAGGGCCGCACUGCCAGCUGUGCCGCUUCGGCUACUACGGAGACGCCCUCCAGCAGGACUGCAGAAAGUGUGUCUGCAAUGAUCUGGGGACCGUGCGCGACUACUGCAAUGGCUCCGACUGCCAGUGUGACAAAGCCACUGGCCAGUGCCCGUGUCUCCCAAACGUGAUCGGGCAGAACUGUGACCGCUGUGCGCCCAACACCUGGCAGCUGGCCAGCGGGACUGGGUGUGGUCCCUGCAGCUGUGACCCUGCCCAUGCCUUUGGGCCAUCCUGUAACGAGUUUACAGGGCAGUGCCAGUGCAUGCCCGGGUUUGGAGGCCGGACCUGCAGCGAAUGCCAGGAACUCUUCUGGGGAGACCCCAACGUGGAGUGCCGAGCCUGUGACUGUGACCCCAGGGGCAUUGAGACGCCACAGUGUGACCACUCCACGGGCCAGUGCGUCUGCGUCGAGGGCGUAGAGGGGCCGCGCUGUGACAAGUGCACUCGAGGCUACUCGGGGGUCUUCCCCGACUGCACGCCCUGCCACCAGUGCUUCGCGCUCUGGGACACGAUCAUCAGCGAGUUGACCAACAGGACCCACCGAUUCCUGGAGAAGGCGAAGGCCUUGAAGAUCAGCGGGGUGAUCGGGCCUUACCGCGAGACUGUGGACUCGGUGGAGAAGAAGAUCGACGAGAUAAAGGACAUCCUGGCCCAGAGCCCCGCGGCCGAGCCGCUGAGAAACAUUGGCAGUCUCUUUGAGGAAGCCGAGAAACUAACCAAAGACGUGACGGAGCGGGUGGCUCAGGUAGAAGGGGCGCUGUCGGACACAGCGGCCCAGAGCAACGGCACGGCCGAAGAGCUGGACUCGCUGCAGGCGGAGGCGGACCGGCUGGACGACACGGUGAAGGAGCUGGUGGAGCAGCUGGAGUUCAUCAAGAACUCGGACGUGCGGGGCGCCUUGGAUAGCAUCACCAAGUACUUCCAGAUGUCUCUGGAGGCUGAGCAGAGGGUGAACGCCUCCACCACAGACGCCAACAGCACCGUGGAGCAGUCGGCCCUCACUCGAGACAAAGUGGAAGACUUGAUGCUGGAGCAAGAGUCCCAGUUCCGGGAGAAGCAGGAGGAACAGUCUCGCCUCCUCGAUGAGCUGGCCGGCAAACUGCAAAGCCUGGACCUUUCGGCCACCGCUGAGAUGACCUGUGGAACGCCUCCAGGGGCCUCCUGCUCCGAGACGGAAUGCGGCGGCCCCAACUGCAGGACCGAUGAAGGAGAGAGAAAGUGUGGGGGGCCUGGCUGUGGAGGUCUGGUCACUGUGGCGCACAACGCCUGGCAGAAGGCCAUGGACUUUGACCGAGAUGUCCUGAGUGCCCUGGCUGAGGUGGAGCAGCUCUCCAAAAUGGUCUCUGAAGCCAAACUGCGAGCCGACGAAGCCAAGCAGAAUGCGCAGGAGGUUCUGCAGAAAACCAACGCCACCAAGGAGAAGGUGGACCAGAGCAACGAAGACCUGAGAAGCCUCAUCAAGCAAAUCAGGGACUUCCUGACCCAGGAGGGCGCGGAUUUGGACAGCAUCGAGGCCGUGGCUAACGAGGUGCUGAAGAUGGAAAUGCCGAGUACCCCGCAGCAGUUACAGAACCUGACAGAGGACAUCCGAGAGCGAGUGGAAAGCCUCUCCCAGGUUGAGGUCAUCUUGCAGCAGAGUGCUGCUGAUGUUGCCCGAGCCGAGAUGCUGUUAGAAGAAGCCAAAAGAGCCAGCAAAAGCGCCACAGAUGUCAAAGUCACUGCCGACAUGGUGAGGGAGGCCCUGGAAGAAGCCGAGAAGGCCCAGGUGGCCGCCGAGAAGGCAAUUAAACAAGCAGAUGAAGACAUCCAAGGAACACAGAACCUACUGACGUCGAUUGAGUCUGAAACGGCAGCUUCUGAGGAAACCUUGCACAAUGCGUCCCAGCGCAUCAGCGAGCUGGAGAGGAACGUGGAGGAACUUAAGCGGAAGGCUGCUCAGAACUCGGGGGAGGCUGACUAUAUUGAAAAAGUCGUAUAUAGUGUGAAGCAAAGUGCAGAUGACGUUAAGAAGAGCCUGGAAGGGGAACUCGAUGAGAAGUAUAAGAAAGUAGAAAAUCUAAUCGCCAAGAAGACCGAAGAGUCAGCCGAUGCCCGGAGGAAAGCAGAAAUGCUCCAAAGUGAAGCGAAAACCCUUCUGGCCCAAGCUAACAGCAAGCUGCAGCUGCUGAAAGAUUUAGAGAGAAAAUAUGAAGACAAUCAAAAAUAUUUAGAAGACAAAGCUCAAGAAUUAGUGAGACUGGAGGGGGAAGUCCGCUUGCUCCUCAAGGACAUAAGCCAGAAAGUUGCUGUUUACAGCACCUGUUUGUAAUGCGGGAGGAAGGGCUACAAGUUUAAGAAGCUGAGGUGACCAAAGUAACAAAAUAAUGCCUACAUUUUUAAAACCCGACUUAAUGCUCUUCAAAAUAAACUCACUAUUUAAUGUUUUUAAUUACCAGAUUUUGUAUGGAGUUCAAUAAAGUACAGUGUUUUUGUAUAAA